UGUGGCGAUUGUUUAGGUGGAGUUGGCUGACUGUCGAACUUGGUGAAAACAUAAUUUGAAUUUUAUGCGAUUUUAGAAUUUGAUUUUAAAGUGAUUUGAGUUUUUAGUGUUUUGUCAAUUGUCAUGUAUAAGAACACGUUGUAUGACUUUUUACUCCCGCAAUUGCUUUCCGUUGGAAUCAAAUAGGCCUCACAUCCGAAGUGUUAUUAAAAUUGAUAAGAUGUUGCCAGAGGCACAGCUGGUGUUUGCUACCCUCUCUGUUUUUGUUCUUCUCACCAUCAUAAUGGCUCUUGUCGGAUGUGUUUGUGGUUGUCGUAAGACAGUGCCCAAGAAUGAAUUGAUGGGGCUGGCUGGCAUGGUGAAACUGACGAACCCAGAUGAGAAUGUUAAUUUCAGCUGUCCUCCGCCAACUGUGCAACUCAACUCUGUGACAGUGGCCCCUGAUCAUCUUGUAUCUCAAGCGCAAGAAACCAAUAAAAGGCCUAAUCAGGCAGCAUCGUCGGCCACCCGUAGUCUGCCUGAUCUGCCGGUUGAGUCUCAGAGACUGCAGGGCAGCCGCAGUGUGGACGGACUCUACGAGACUGCUGACGCUGGCAACGGAGACACCAGCUCCGACCUGUACGCCACUGUAGAGGAUAACAAGAACGGGGCUAGAGGGGCAAGUCAAAAACCACAACUACCUCGAGACUCUACGAUAGAGAGCAGCUACGACUCCCCGAGUCAGACUGACAAUAGCCUCUCCCCGUAUGCGAGAGUGAGACGAGAACAUCCGUACGAUCAAGUCAAACAGACUGAUGAACACCCAUACGCCCAAGUGAGAGCCAAUGGAAAGGCAGGACCAAGUCAUCAUGUCCAAGACCUCACUUUACACCAGUCUCCAUCAUCAAGUUCUGUAGAGCACACUGACAGUCCAAUCGCUCCACCUCGCACUCGCAAGUCCAUCUCUCUCUCCCAGAGCUCUCUGUCUUCCAACCUAGGAGUGGAGGUGAACAUACCUGCGGCCACAGCCAUCGCAGGGGGUAUACCAGCCAAUCAGGAGCUGCCUUAUAUGACUCCACCCCUCCCCCUGCCCGCAAGUCCCCCCUCCCACCAGCCUGUGUCGCAGACCCAACAUUUCAGUGGCGACUCUCAGGAUAGCAGUAAGGGCUACACUAGCAUCAGUGUGAGGGAGCCGUUGUCUAACAUACUCAGCCAGGUGCCUCGCAGACAGGAACUAAUUGACUCUCACUACGCCACUGUAUCCGACGACUCUGAUGAGAUGUACGCAGCCAUUGAAGAGCCUAACCAAGCAGUGUACACCAGUGGUAGUGAGACUUACGCUCAGAUUCGCCCCAUGGGAAUAACGGUGGCAGCUACUGUAAACCCUGUACCUGUAAGAACGGAGAGUUUACAACCACAACAACCCUCUACAACAUCCUUGGCAACAGUUAAGAAUCACACCCGCCAAGAAUCAUCUUCAAGUGCCUGCAGUUCAAUCGCCAACCCCUCGUCACCCAAGCCAGAGAAGCGACAGGCAAACUCUCCUCUGCCACGGCCACCUGACCCUGGUACCUCUGUGGAUGAGAUGUACGCCAAGGUGAUGAAGAAGAGGCGGAGUAGUCACUCUAUCAGUAGUGUGGACCAUGAUACAGGGCCUGCGUCUCUACCUGGCUACGAGACUGUGCGCAGGAGUCAUAGUCCCCAUGGAGGUAACACGGCCUUUGGUUAUGAGACAGUUGCCAAUCAUUGUGUGAGUGAAGGAGACGUGUUCUGUUCUGGUUAUGAGACUGUUGCUGGAGAACAUGAUAGCCUUGUUCCAGGCUACGAGAGAGUUGCAGGAGGUCGAGAAGAACAUACUUCAGAUGUGGAACCGAACUACGAGGAGUUGAAGCCACAAAACACAAUGUACGCGAUGGUCAACAAAAAGCGGAAAACAUCGAAGUUGUCUAACUGCGAGCCUGACUACGCCAGUCUUUCUAGGAAAGACUCGGGCUACGAGAGAGUGGAGGGGUUUGAUCCGAACUAUGAGAGUUUGUGUCGCGACUCUGACCCAAACUACGAGAGUGUCGAGAAGCCAGAGCCGCCUUACGAGAAGGUACAAGCCUCGACGAGCAACACACCUGUCUUCAAAGACAACGGAAUUCAUGAAGACGUUUACUCACAAGUGGUAAAGAACCGAACAGUCAGGUGAAAGCUGCGGUGAGUGUCUGUUAUUGUUGAUUGUUUAUACUAUAAAUCGAGAGGCAUUGAGAUAUUUAUAUAUUGUUAAAGUUAAAACCAAUGGUAUAUUUUUAAUACAAUUUAUUCGUGGGAAAAGAUAGUGACAGGUUUGAAAAUUUAGGUUUGGGAACCAUAAAAAAAUUGGGAAUAUUUUUUAAUGGCAAAGAUGAAAGGUGUUUGGUUUUAUGUGUGUAAUUAAUCACGGCCGUGUCUUCAUCUCAAACCGUUUGUGUUUUUUUAACCAGACACAGAAGAAGUCCAAAACCUAAAAAAAUAUAAUAUUAGUACCUAGAAGUAUUUUAGGUUGCAUCUGUAAAUUAUCUGCACCAUUGUGAAUAUUAGAAUAGUAAAAACUGGUAGAACAUAUUCAAGAAAAUAUUGCCUACUAUUGGAUAGGCAUAUGGAUAGGUAACAUAUUUUUUGUCCUAAGACGCUAGGCACGAGCCCGGGAUUGUUGUUUACAUUACUUCAGGCUAUACCUAAGGGUUGCGGCGUUAUAACUUAGAUAAAAUCCAUUGGUGAUUUGGCGGGAUUUGAACAAGGGCCCUCAGGGACCAAAGUCCCGCGCUCUAACCACUACACCAGCUCGCUCCCCAUGGAUAGGUACAAUAAUGCUUCUGAGUAUCAAAAGACUAAAUACCAAAGUAUUCAUCCAAAAUUAAACAUUUCUUUAGCAGGACUGAAUUAAUUUAUAAUUUCCACAGUUGGUUUUACAGGUUUUAUCACCAUACUUUAUUUAAGAUCAUCAUUUAUUGAAGGCUAUAGGUGACUAAACGCUUUAACUAAUGUGUCAUAUUGACAACCAUAGCUUCCUUUACUUGUUAAUCAAAUUAACAUAUGUGUGUGCAUUUAUUCAAAAUGUUUAUUCAGGUGAUUCCUAUUAGUUAAACAAUUGUAACCUAUUCUAUAUAUCCAUGAAAUGGAUGCUGCUCAAUAUUCAACCCAUGAGUUUGUUAUCUUUUCCCACAAAAUAAUCAGCCUUUGGCUAUUCCUAACAUAGUUAUUUAAAAUGUUCUAAGAAAUAAAUAUAAUGUAUAUAUUUAAUUUAAAACUAGUAUUGUUAUAUAAAAAAGUAGGACUUACUUUUGUUUGAUAUUUAUUAUUUUAUUCUUCAUGAGAACCAAUCAUUGAAAUUGUGGUAAUUAUUUUUACCAGUGUUUGUCAAAUUUGUAUGAGACAUCUCUUUUAGAACAUUGUUCUUCUUAAUUCUGUUCUUCAGUCAUACAAGUAGCUUAACGAUUAAAUUAAUUGUUUUCCUAGACACCUGCAUGGUUUUAGCAACCUACCUAUUAAACAUAAAAGUUGUUAAUUAAAAAAGGGUUUGAUAGAUUAUAUAAAUAUAUUCACUAUUUUGUGUAUCUAUCUUCAAGACUGUAUAGUGAUAUAAAAUAUGUUAAAUGGUGAUUGGUCACUCUAAUCAACAUUAGACUUGACAGGCACCAGGCGAAUCUACAUUUAAUAAAAACAAAUAGAACUGAGCGCAUCACUAAUGCACUCUUACCCUCAGCACUCUU